AUUUAUAGGAAGUACCAGCAGUAGCUGAAAAGUUUGAGAGCUGUUAGUGUUGUCACCUCUUGGAUUCAUCGGACUUGGAGAAAAAUACUGACUACAAUGCCGUCUUUUGACGAGUUCUUAAAAGAGGCUGGUGAAUUUGGAAGGUUUCAGAUGAGGGUCUUCCUCCUCUUGUGCCAGACUGGCAUAACUUUUUCUUUUUUAUUUGUUGGAAUUGUAUUUCUUGGACAGGAUCCAGAGCACUAUUGGUGCAGAAUCCCCAGUGCAGUUGAAUUAAGCAAGCAUUGUGGAUGGACCUUUGAAGAAGAGAUAAAUGUUACUAUUUUAGCUUCAAAGCUGGUGAAUGACUCUUUCCAUGCUAAGUGCAGCAGGUAUAAUAUCAAGUGGAAUAGCACCUCUUUUAGCUGUGCCAACCCACUGUCUCAUUUUACCAAAAACAGCUUGGGCAAUGAGCCAAAUACCACAUGCCAGGAUGGCUGGCUAUACAAACAACCUCAUUCAACUAUUGCCAGUGAGUAUAAUCUUGUGUGCGACAACAAAUGGAUAGUAGAUAUGACACAGUCUAUUCUCAAUCUGGGGUUUCUAGUAGGAGGGUUCACUCUGGGCUAUGCUGCAGACAGAUACGGCAGAAUCGUCACGUAUCUCUUUUCUUCCUUUGGGGCAGGCCUGUGUGGCCUUAUAGUGGCUUUUGCACCAAACAUUACAGUGUUUACAAUAUUUCGCUUUCUACAAGGUGUAUUUGGAAAGGGGACCUGGAUGACAAGCUUUGUGAUUGUGACAGAGAUAGUUGGUUCAGAUCAACGAAGGAUUGUUGGGAUUGUAAUUCAGAUCUUCUUCACCCUUGGAGUUGUGCUUCUUCCUGGAAUUGCUUAUUUAACUCCCACAUGGCAGGGGAUUCAGCUAGCCACAACGCUCCCCAACUUCCUAUUCCUGUUGUAUUACUGGAUGGUUCCUGAAUCUCCACGAUGGCUAUUAACUCGCAAAGAAGGAGAAAAGGCCAUCAAGAUUAUGCACUCCAUUGCCAAGCAGAAUGGGAAAACUCUUUUGCCACAUUAUUCUGAGAUCACUGUCACUGAUGAAGAGGUUAGUAAUCCAUUUUUUCUCGAUCUGGUUAGAACUCCGCAGAUGAGAAAAUUCACUCUCAUACUAAUGUAUGCCUGGUUCACAAGUGCAGUGGUUUACCAAGGGCUUGUCUUGCGCCUGGGAAUCAUAAAAGGAAAUCUUUAUUUGGAGUUUUUCAUCUCAGCCUUGAUGGAAUUGCCUGCAGCCUUUUUGAUCUUACUGACAAUUGACCGCAUUGGCCGGCGCCCUCUCUUUGUGACAAGCAGCAUAGUGGCUGGUGUUGCGUGCUUCAUUACUGCAUUCUUACCCAAAGAUCUAUUAUGGUUAAGAACAUCAGUAGCAAUCUUGGCAAGACUGGGGAUCACCAUAACUUUUGAACUUGUAUAUCUUGUGAAUACCGAAUUGUAUCCUACAACUUUCAGAAACUUUGGAGUUUCAAUCUGUUCUGGCCUGUGUGAUAUAGGGGGUAUUGUAGCCCCUUUUCUGCUCUACCAGCUAGCAGCCAUCUGGUCGGAACUGCCACUAAUUAUCUACUGUAUACUUGCUGUUGUUUGUGGGAUUCUGCUGUUAUUUUUACCUGAGACAAAAGGACUUUCCUUACCAGAGACAGUGGAGGAUGUGGAACAACUAUCAUCAAGUUUCAGAAGAAGUUGUGGGGAAAAGAAACAUCAGAGAUCCAGCAUGUAUAUUUGAUCUUUUACCAAUGUUGCCAGAGCAUUAUCAACCUGCUGAUUUGCAAUUUGAUGUCCAUUAGACAGCAUCAUCCUGCCAGAUGGAGAAGAUGGAUCCAGUUGUGUUUUAAUAAAUAGCUCUAAAUGCAUUCUUUAAAAUAUAAAGACAUUCAAAAUAAACAUAGUGUUUUCUACAACUCUGAAAAUAUGAACAUAUUUUUGAGCCUAUUGUUUCCAGAUAGGAAACUGUUCUGUGUGUGGCUAUUGAGGAGAGUAAUUACUUCCAUUAAAUAUUGGUUUAACCUGGAUCUUGGUUCUUUGUAUAUACCUGGUCCUCUUGGUCAUCCUUCACCUUCUCUAAAUAGGGAGAACAGUUGUUUCAAACUAUUAUUGGAUUCUUUGGGAGACAAACUAAAAGGAUCCAUAACGUCGUGAUGAAACCAGAAAACAAAACUACUCAAAGGAUUCAGUGGGACUGAAGUGAGGCAGAAUGGGAAAAGAGUAUUUUUUGUUUCAAACAUACACAAACAAGAGUAAAGACUUAUUGAUUACAAUUGUGUGCCACCCUUCCUCCAAGGUAGCUGAGGUGGUUUCCUGUUUUUACCUCACAAUCACCUGAAUAGUUACUUUCCAAAGACCAACCAGUGAUCUUCUUGGCUGAGCAAGGAUUUGAAUUUAGCAAUCUAUUCACUGCACCACAUUCAUUCUCAGUAAUAAAGGCAUUAAGAUCUGGGAUGGACUGCUAUUGUCAGCCUGGCUCUAUAAAGAGCCCAGAGAGAGAAUGUAGCUUCCCACUCAGAUGCUGAAACAGAGCUGUAAACUGAAGAACUGAUCGUGCACCAGUCCCUGACUGAAGAACAUCAGCUGAUCAAACUUUACAGUGUUCUGAUGAAGGCUCAAGUAUGUUUAUCUUGUCUUUUAAAAAGGAGAGAAAAUGUUUGCGCGAUUGUUGACUUGAAGGCCAGGAGGUGGGGGUAAUUAUCAAUAGCCAAGAUUUCCCUCUUAUUGUUGGUACUUGGCAUGAAAUGCAUAUAUUGUCUUUCAAGAUUGCCUAUGAUAUAGUUUUCCUACUCAGAAUGAACAAAACGAGUAUGUGAUGUGUAACAGCAAUAAUGUGCAUUGGUAUCAAUAGUUUUAAGUUCCCUCUUUUCUGCAUAGUGGGAAAUUCACGAUAGCCUUUUUAGGCCCGUUCUAUUUGUGUGCGAGAGAACAGUGUUAUUUUAUAUUGUAACUAGCUGACCACGCACAGAGCAUCUGUGCAGUUGUGCACUGAGCCUGUUGCAUCCCCCCACAGCUUGCUCGCUUGCUCGCUCUCCCCCCCGCAGCUCACUCACUUGCUUGCUCUCCCCCCCGCAGCUCGCUCGUUGGCUCACUCUCCCUCCCACAGCUCGCUCGCUCUCCCCCCACCCUGCAGCUCUCUCCCCUCGCAGCUCUCCCCAUUGGGCGGGCCAGGGCCAGGCCAUCCCGCUGCCACCUCCCACCUCCUCCUCCCAGCUGGUAGGGCUUUGCCCGCCGUCUGCCCACCUCCUCGCCACCGCCAUUAUUUCUCCCCGCCACCGCCUUCUCUUCCUGGCCGACGAGGCUUCGCCCACCGUCCACCUACCUCUUCUGGCCAGAGGGGCUUCGCCUGCUGGCCCUCCACCUCUGCAUCCUGACCACCGCCAUUAUUUCUCUCCACUUCAAUGCUGGAAUUCUUGCACGCUCUAGAGCAUCUGGGCGUUAGUACUUGAUUGCUCCCCUCACCUCAGAGAUCUUCCCACUCUCACCUGAGCUGCACUCCUGCUCCUUCUCCAUCCCGUUGCUUCCAUCCCACUGCGGCCUAUUGGCCAAGCUGCAUCCCCUAUCCCCAGAGACCUCCCCCCAGGAACAGCAGCAGUGGUUGACCGGGCCGUUCCUUGCUGCUGCCACCACCAUGACCACUCGCUCCCCUCAGGACACUGACAGGCCCAGGCCCAUCCCUUGCCUGCCUGCCUCCCUCUGACAAUGACCUCGGUAGCCCCAAACAGCAGCAGUGGUUGACUGGGCCCUUCCUUGCUGCUAGUGCUGCCAUGGCAGCUCAUUCCCCUCAGGCUUCUGACAGGCUCGGGCCCGUCCCUUGCCCUUCGUUCUGUCUCUCUUCCCCCUCCCUUCUUUUUCUCUUUCUCUCUCUUCCACUCACUCUUCCCCACUCUUUCUUCACCCUCCCUUCAUGUUUUUCCCCUCUCUCUCUCCCUCCCUCCCUGAGUUAACAGAUUUUGUUCAUCUUGUUUCCUCAUCUAAUUCACACAACGGCAGCCUCCUUCUCCUGAAGGGGCUCUUUCCUCCCUCUUUUCGCAGACCCCUGCCCACUAUCCUUAUAUUUAGAUAAAUAGAUAGAUUCCUCUCUUCUACAAUCACGACCAUCUUCCAACCAGUAUCAGUUGCAUUCCAACUGACUAACCAUCACAGGCUCCUCCUCCUUAUCUGCAUAGGGAAUCCCCACUGCCCAGUCACCACAGUGCCACAGGCUCCUCCCCCCCUAUCUGCAUAGGGAAUCCCCACUGCCCAGUCACCAUGGUGCUUCUGCUCUCACAGGCUCCUUCUCCCUAUCUGCAUAUGGAAUCCCCACUGCCCAAUCAGGUGAUUCUGCUUGAAAACUCUGUCAGCCAAUCACCUCCUUUCUACCACGUCCCCACGCAUGGCCUGUCUUGGAGAAUUAAUAAUAUAGAUAAUAUUUGUAGUAAUAUUUUACUUCUUUAAAAAUGAGCAAAUAUUACAGGAGUACAGUAGCAAGCACAAAAGUGCUAAUCCUAUAGCAACACCAAACCCUGUUAGAAUCCUACAACUUCCUUAGCCAAACAAACCACACAAUUUCUUCUUGCUGCACACAGUUCUGACUGAGAACUAGGCAAAGGAUUGUGUCUUCACUACGUGCAGGAGAACUCCACUGCCCCAGUCUAGCCAAUGAGUUUUGUGAGCAAAAGCAGCCUUCCACAUAUGUAGAGAGAGUGCAGAUACACAUCUGCAUGUACAUCCACAUUGUCAUCCGCACUGAACUGGCUGGAUGCAUCUUUAUGCAUUUAUAUGAAAAUGCACAUCCUUCCAAUCCAGAGCUACUAAUUGCUAUUAUUGGCUGCUUAAUUAUGUCCACUCCAUUACUUCAUUAGACUUACCGAGACACAACUUGUGUCCUGUUCCCAUUUUUUGUCUUCAUUAUCAAAGUUAAAAUAAUAUAUUAGUGAGAAUGCACUUUAUUUUUCGUUCAUUUUCAUGUACACCAAAUUUGUGUUAUAUGUUGAUAUAUUUGAAUAAAUGUUUUUCUUUGUUUAA